GGCGCCGGCGGCGCGGGGGGCUCGGGCUCGGGCUGAUGGCGGCGGCGGCCGCCACCCCCGGGGCUGUGCUCUCCCCGCGUCUGUGCGACAGCGACCCGGCUACGCCCGGAGCCCAGUCGCCGAAGGAUGAUACUGAAGAAAAUUCCAAUGAUGGCACCCAGCCAUCCAAAAGAAGGCGAAUGGGCUCAGGAGACAGCUCUCGGAGUUGUGAAACUUCAAGUCAGGACCUUGGCUUUAGCUACUUUCCUGCAGAAAAUCUCAUAGAAUACAAAUGGCCACCUGAUGAAACAGGAGAAUACUAUAUGCUUCAGGAACAAGUCAGUGAAUACUUGGGUGUGACCUCCUUUAAACGAAAAUAUCCAGAUUUAGAGCGACGAGAUUUGUCUCACAAGGAGAAGCUCUACCUUAGAGAGUUAAAUGUCAUCACAGAGACUCAAUGUACACUAGGUCUAACAGCAUUACGUAGUGAUGAAGUAAUUGAUCUAAUGAUAAAAGAGUACCCUGCUAAACAUGCAGAAUAUUCUGUUAUUCUUCAAGAAAAAGAGCGUCAACGAAUAACAGAUCAUUAUAAAGAAUACUCUCAAAUGCAACAACAGAACACUCAGAAGGUGGAAGCCAGUAAAGUACCGGAAUACAUUAAGAAAGCUGCCAAGAAAGCUGCCGAAUUUAACAGCAAUUUAAAUCGAGAACGGAUGGAAGAAAGAAGAGCCUAUUUUGAUUUACAGACACAUGUUAUCCAGGUACCUCAAGGAAAAUACAAAGUACUGCCUACAGAGCGAACAAAGGUUAGUUCGUAUCCAGUGGCCCUUAUCCCAGGACAGUUCCAGGAAUACUACAAAAGGUACUCACCAGAUGAACUACGUUAUUUACCAUUAAACACAGCACUCUAUGAACCCCCCCUGGAUCCUGAGCUGCCUGCUUUAGACAGUGAUGGAGAUUCAGAUGAUGCAGAAGAUGGUCGAGGUGAUGAAAAACGAAAAAACAAAGGCACUUCGGACAGUUCCUCUGGCAAUGUAUCUGAAGGUGAAAGCCCUACUGACAACCAGGAGGAUUCUUUUCAGGGAAGACAGAAAACAAGAGAUAAAACUGCUACACCAAGAAAAGAGGGCUCCAAACGUUCUGUACUAUCCAAGUCAGUUCCUGGGUACAAGCCAAAGGUCAUUCCAAAUGCUAUGUGUGGGAUUUGUCUGAAGGGUAAGGAGUCCAACAAGAAAGGAAAGGCUGAAUCUCUUAUACACUGCUCCCAAUGUGAUAAUAGUGGCCACCCUUCCUGCCUGGACAUGACGAUGGAGCUUGUUUCUAUCAUUAAGACCUAUCCAUGGCAGUGUAUGGAAUGUAAAACAUGCAUUAUAUGUGGACAACCCCAUCAUGAAGAAGAAAUGAUGUUCUGUGAUGUUUGUGACAGAGGUUAUCACACUUUUUGCGUGGGGCUUGGUGCUAUUCCAUCAGGUCGAUGGAUUUGUGAUUGUUGUCAAAGAGCUCCCCCAACACCCAGGAGAGGGGGCAGAAGGGGAAAAACCAGCAAGGAGGGAUAAAAUUACCAUUUUUACCCUGAUACUGUUAUUUGCAUUGUGAAAAUUUUGGUGCCAAUUAAUUUACCACUUUGUGAAACACCCUUCCUAAUACUGUUGUCAAUAAAACAUUUUUCAAUUUCUACCUAUGGA